CCGUUGCAACUGAAAUUUUCAAAUUCAAAUCAAAAGGAGAAACCAACGUACCCACGCAUAUAAAAUAACAUCACAAAUCCUUCAACCCAAUCCUCUCUCCCUUGUCCUGGCAUCAUCGGAAUCUCGCCGGAAAAUGGAUCAAUCCGACGGAAUUCCGAUCAAAAUCUACGAGACCUCAACACAGGACGAGCCAUCCUCGUACCCCACUUCUCCAUCGUCGACCCCCGCAAACGGCCGCAAAAGACGAGCGGUGGCAAAAGGGGUACAAAAGACCCUCUCCAAGACCUCAAUGCUCGUGAAUUUCCUCCCCACCGGCACACUUCUCACCUUCGAAAUGCUACUCCCGUCUGUCUCCGGCAAUGGGGAAUGCUCUCCCGUCAGUACUAUGAUGAUCCACGUCCUUUUGGGCCUCUGCACCUUAUCAUGCUUUUUCUUUCAUUUCACGGAUAGCUUCAGGACGGCGGAAGGGAAGGUCUAUUACGGGUUCGUAACCCCGAAAGGGUUGGCACUCUUCAAAUCAGGUCUUGGUGUAGAUGUCCCAAAGGAUGACCGUUUCCGAGUUGGGUUUGUGGAUUUUGUCCACGCGGCCAUGUCGGUGAUGGUGUUCGUCGCCAUCGCUUUCUCCGAUCAUCGCGUUACAGACUGCCUCUUCCCAGGACACGUGAAGGAGAUGGACGAGGUGAUGGAAAGCUUCCCUCUGAUGGUGGGCGUCGUAUGCAGUAGCCUUUUUCUAGUCUUCCCCAACACCCGCUACGGCAUUGGGUGCAUGGCUGCAUGAGGAAGAUGGUCUACCUCUGUUUUCAU